CUGAGCGGCCCAUCGGCGAAGGCAAUGGAGGCCCGGCCCUGGUGGGGGAACUCGAUGGCCCUGCUCCUGCUCCUAUUCCUGCCCCAGCUCGGGAGGGGUUUUCGGGAUGAAUGCCGGUGGAAAGUGGCGCUGAAUAAAUUUGACAACCUGGGCGGGGAGAAAGAUGUCAUGUUUAACCUGAAGCCUGUGCGGCAUGUGACUGAGAUCUUCAAGAAUCUCGGCGAAUCGGCGAUCGACCCCAAGGACAGCAUGCAUUACAUGGGCUUCCCUUAUUACCUGAAGAUCGGUUUUACCUGCUACCAAAAGCAGAACGUGGCCGCGGUCAUCCGGAAGGGUCACCUAACCGGCCUGAUGCCCAUCGCCCUGGUGACCUUCCAGGCCCCCUUGAACACCAAGAGAUGGAAACCGGAGCGGCUGGAGAUCGAGAUGGAGGCGGCCCCCUACCCAAUCCAUAACUGCGUGUCUGAGGAACUGUGCUCCCUGAACUGGUUCACACCCAUGCCCAUAAAGAAUGGCAGCGUGGUGAUGAAAGUGAUGAUCCACAGCAAUCGCCUCGGACCGGCCGUGGAAGAGAAAACGUUCACCAUAAACAUCAACGGAUUCGUAGAGCAGAAGAAGGAUGGCGUGAAAUCUUGCUUGGGGGAAGAGGUAAAGGAUUGGUCCGUGUUCAUGAUGGAGGGCACUCCGUCACAGCCGGUAUGGUCGACCCACAACCACGCCCCGGUUCUGAUCCUGGGUGGCAUCCACAACCAGAAGAUAGUACUGCUGUCCGACACCGCCUUCGAGGACUUCACCAUGGUGGAGUUGGCGAUCGACAGCUGCUGGCUGGGGUCCAGUAGCUGCCCCCAGAGGAAGUCCUCCUCCACCAUCCUGGACGCCAUCGCCAUGGAGCACACCCUCUUCAUCCGCCAGAACCAGCUCAUCUAUUACUUCACCGGCAGUUACUACCGCCCCAAAAUCAGAUCCCGAAGGUGGACCCGGACACUGCACAAUCUGUGCAUUAAGAAGCUCUGCCCCGUCUUUUUCCCCAGUAACGGUACCGAGCACCUGAUCGCCCUGGGAGCGGGCAACGAAGAAGGGUUUCUCUUUUUGGGAAGCGUCAAAGAUGGCAAAGUGGAUUUUGUGAAGACCCCCCCUCAUAAGAACGUGUGUGACCGCCUGAAAAUGUUUUCAUGCUACAUCCAGUGGGCCCUGUAUGACAUAGAACAUUUGGAAGUGUACAUGCUGGUGAAGACGGUCUUUGAGAAUAAGACCAAAUUCUCCGUCGUAAGUUACUUGCAAGGCACCGACACACUGCAAGUGAUCUAUGAUAUCCCAUCCUUCAUCCCUGAAGGAUUUGGCCACAAUUUUGUGAUGCUGCUGGGUUUGGAGACCUACUCAAACAAACCCCUCAUCCCCAAGGGUAUAUCCUACAACCCCUUCACCCACCAGUUCUUCAUCUGGGGCAAUGUCAUCCUGCAAAGCCACGACCGAAUCAACUACAUGUUCCUGUCCGACUUCCACAGCAACUCAUCCAUCAAGUACUUCGUUAACUCCUUCCAAGGGGAAAUUGCCUUCGUCACGGAGGACGAGGAGAUCUGGUACUUCUUAGAGGGCAGCUACUCCAUCUUCCGGCUUAGCCCGUCCCAGGGUUGGCAAGUGUUCCUAGACCUGCAGCACAUGCAGAAUGCGGAAGAAUACGGCCCAAGCGAGAUCAUGAUCAGCCUCUUCUUCGAUCACGAAGGGCUGCAGCAGCUGGUGUACCUGUUUGAGGAAAAUGGGACACAUAAUCGGAGCAAGAAAGGCAAACUGAUCAAGCGAAAGUUCCCCAUCUCCAGGGUGCUGGAAUACCAACAGCUUGGCGCGUUCUCCUACAACAAGGAGGUAGUGAAGUCUAAAAGAUACAUCAACUUUGCCAGUGUGUGCCCCUUCAUUUCCAUGAGGAUAGAGGACCUACCCACUCCCCAGCGCUACACCCGCCAGGAACGCUACCGAGCCGAGCCCCCCGAUGUCUUGCACCCCUUGGGAUUCCACAACAACGUGUCCCUGGCCAUCUACCAGGGCCUGGUCUACAACCUGCUGUGGCUCCACUGGAAAUACAAUAAACCUUACGCCGAUCCUGUCCACGACCCCACUUGGAGCUGGUGGAAGAAUAAAAAGAGUUACCAGGACUACUACACCUACCUAGCCAGCAACUGGAAGAGCAAGGGCGGGGUACACAUCAACAUGGACCAUUACAGAAAGAUCUACCACCUGCCCGCCAACAAACAGCUGCCCGACAGAAUCUACCUGGACAAGGGCAACGACUACGCCUUCACCGUUUCCGUCAGUACCGAGCUAGAAUUCCAGCGUUUCUCCCAUUUCGUGCGCCUGGCGGGGUCAGUGUCCGACCCGAAGUGCCUAACUCUGACCAUGGUGCGCCAGGAUCUGAUCGGCAGGAACGCCAUCCUGUUCCGGGUGACCGUAAGUGACAGGCGCAUAUGUUUCGGACAAGACCUGAGCGGGGUCAACCUAAUAAUGACCUCGGUGUUACUCAAAAUUGUCGGGUCGGUGGGAAAUUGUUUCAAAAAAACCAGCAAGGGAACCAAGAUGCAGGGAAGCAACAUGAUUUUGGUGUUCAUCGGCUGUCCACCUGGCAAGAGGCUGGCCUUCGACAUCACCUACACCAUGGAGUACACCAGAACCAAGAACAAGCACUUCUUUGACUGCUUCUACCAUGCUCCUGAGAUGCCCUGCUUCCUCUUCAAGGAUGUCUUCUACCCCUUCUUCUUGAUUCAGGACAUGGUCACGGGCGAGUCGGGCCGGUUCACUGGCAGCUACAUCCUGAAAGUCAUCGGCGGAGGCCCCUCCAUCGAAGAGAUCCGAGAUUACACCGAGGAGGAGAUUUUGCAGUACAACAAGCCGGAAGAAAGCAACCCUAGCUUGAUCUGGGAAGCCCUGGAAGAAACCUCCCAGAAGAAGAAACUCAACAUCAUGUCUUGGAAAAACCCGGGGAUUGUAUGGCUGUGCCUUCGGAAUUCUCCGUGCCACGAAAUCAUGCCUAAAGGGUUCUCCCCGCCUGAGUUCUACCUCAAACUGAUGGUGACCAACAGGGGCGUGGAUACCAGCACGUACUGUGAUUACCACCUCAUUUUCAUCCUGCACCUCCACGGGCUCCCUUUCAGCUCAGGCCCGGCUGUCAACUACCUGAUGGUGUCGACCGGGUUUUUCCUCACACUCAUCAGCUUCUACAUUUUCUGCCAAAUGAUAAAGGUGAAGGUGAGGGAACUGUGGAAUCAGAUGAGGAGAAAGAUCCAAGAAAUGACCACCUUCCACUCAGGAGAAAGCUUCUUCUCCUCCUCGCCUUCAUCCUCCAGCUCCAGCCUCCAGCCCCGUUCCAGUUCUCGAGCCAACAGCUCCCAGAGUCAGAAAAUCCAUGAACCCCCCGGGUCCUCCCGCCUGCAUUGGCCCAACCCUUGGCGCGCCCCCAACCCCUCCAUCCACCCCAUCCAGAAGCAGGAGGAGAAGCAGGAGUGAACGGCCCAAGCCAGACCCCGUCCAUCUCCACCCUCUUCGACGCCGGGCUAGGAGGUACCCGGGACUGGCAAAUGCCCCCCUCGCCU